AUGAAACAAAACGAGAAUGUUGAAACAACGACACCACCCGAAGAAGUAAACGGGAACGAUGAGAAGAAUUACGACGAAGUUGACCGAUACCUGGAGCACAUGUGCGCCUACAAAACGCCAUACGUAAUGCUCGACCGGACGGGUUUACGCAUCUCGUUCUUUGGCUUACUGCCCAUCACAACCGGAGAGGACGGAAACCAACGCAUCUGGGGAGGAAGUAUCCUUUUGAAUAGUGGAGAGUUGGAAUACCCUCAAAUCGACUUCAAACUUCGUGUCACCACCAAAAGAAAUUUCGAUCCACAGCUGUCUUGUAACCGUAGCAAAGGGGUCAUCAAGCAGAAGGACACUUUUUUGUUAUCGUACCAACUCCCGGAGUCUUCCAUUAAAUACAUCAAACUAACACUCAUUACUGAUGGAACACCACACGAAGUGCCUCUUUGUAAAUAUCCGAAAGCAGAUUAUUUUUGGAUUGGAAAAGACACAAAAGGUUCCGAAAUCAUAAUUUCUUUUUACUUUUUUCUUUGUUCAGUUCCCGGUCCCGCCCAACUUCUGCAAGAAAGAAAACACAGUACGGGAACUGAAGCGACGACAAUGAAAAAUGUGUCUCCAGGACGAAUCGAGAAUAUUCCAGACGGACUCAAAGAUUUUAUUUUUGGCGGAAAUGGUUUGCAAAUGUUGAGCAAGAUGUUGUAUCCACACGGCAUCGCACUAUUCCGUGAUCUGUCUGAGGUGAAACUGGACAACUUUGAUGUGAAUGGGAUGCUGAUGGAUGGAAAUUCCACUGAUGGUUUGUUUCAUUCAACUCUUCAUGAAGAUCUUCAGAACAGAUUUUAUCAUCUUUCAGCGAUUGCCGAAGAGAUUGUCCGCCGUUUUCACGACGCGAAUCGCGAGAAAUUUCCAACUGAACUUGCUUCUCUUCAUUGA